AUGUCGAACAAGGAUUAUGAGGGGGCUAUCAACUUUUAUACGAGAGGAUUGCAAGAAGUCGUCCCAUACUGCGACGUAUCAGCAAUAUUAUACUCAAAUCGUGCUAAAGCCUUGGGAUGCCUUAAAAUGUACGAGGAGAGUUUAAUAGAUAUCGAUAGGGCGAUCGAAAUUUCUCCCAAUACCGAAUUAACCAAGAAUUUCAAAGAUAUAAAGAUGGAAAUAGAAAAAGGAGCUUCUUGUCCGAACAGAGAAAAGUUCUUUUACGAAUGGAAAACAAACAUCGAGAAUAUACCAUCGCUAUCGCAUGACGAAAACAAAGAUAUUUCUGGUAUGAGCGACGCUGUUCGCUUGGUUCAUUGUACAAAAUAUGGUGUAAAUUUUGAAGCGGCGAAACCCAUCGGCACCGGAGACGUAAUUCUAAUCGAAAAACCACAAGUAAUGUCUAUCCAUCAACCAGACGUUGCUGUUCGGAAUUUAUGUCACUAUUGCCUAAAAUGGUACAGAGCAUUACUUCCAUGCGAACAGUGUAAUAGCGCGCUAUAUUGUUCGAAAGAAUGCCGUGCAAAAGCAUAUGAGGAAUACCAUCGAAUCCAGUGCAACUCUAACAAUUUUCCAAAUGAUGUUCAAUUUGUAAUAAAGUUGCUUAUGAAGAUUACGGAAAACGGUGAAAAACUUACAGAAGCCAUUAAAUAUUGCGAGGAGCUAGAUAUCAUGAGUGCAGAUCCGAACAAAGAAUUUUGUACGAUACGUGAUAAUUUGGGAGACAAUUUGAAAUCCGUCCUCAAUUUGAGUAUAUCGAUGAAGAAGAAUGACAAGAAAAAUAAAAUAAAUAUAAUGAAAUCAGCCUAUAUCGCUUCAUUCCUACGAAACCAGACCACGUAUGUGCAGGGAUACAACGAUAUCUUAAGUAUCGCUAAAUUAUUAUUCCGCUUAUUCUACAUCUUCGAUGUACACGUCUUUAUGGAGGAUAUAUCGGUUGACGCAGAAAAUAUAAGUGGAGUAUACAAUCUGUAUUCCUUGCUUAGCUUGGUUCGUCAUUCUUGUUGUGCGAAUACAGUCUAUUCGAUACACAAGAAUGGCGUGAUAGCUGUACGCGCAGCUAAAGACAUGAAACCAGGUGAACAGAUAACUUUUAAUUUUCGACCUAAAAUGGAAAACUCAAGAGUCUCGAGCAUUUUUACAUCACGUGUAAUGUGCAAAAGUAAAUGUAAUACCUCGACUUGUGAGUUCUGUUCUAGUACUAAACUUGUGGUUGAUAGGAAAUUAAAAGCAACGGAAGUAUUAGAAUGCUGCCUAGCAAAUCAGAGUCGUUUUGCAAUAAAAGCAUCAACGUUUAAAGCACUAAUCGAGAACAAAAUCAACUGCAAUAUUCCACUAAAAACACCCGAAGAUAUCGAACAGACAGUAACAACAUUGAUAGAAGUUAUACAAGAAGCAGUAUGGGCAACUGUUAAUUAUGAACCAAACAACAGGCAAACAAAAAUAAUUCCAAUAGACAUCCUUAACAAAAUCGGAGAAGAAAGGAAAGCGAAAGCAAAAUGGCAAAAACAGAACACGUGA